AUGAGCGCACCAGCGCUCAAGACUGUCGACAGCGUACCAAAGCACACCAGCAUUACUACACUUGAGGCCGCGAAGCCCCAGCAGCUUCUUACCGAGACGGCUACUGAGGAGACCACAGCUGCUGAGCUCCCCAAGGCCAAGAAGGGCAAGAAGGGUGCCAAGGCUCAAGCAGCACCAGCACCUGCUGAGGUUACUGAGAUCACAGAGGUAGUCGAGGCUGUCUCACCUGCGCCAGCAAAGAAGGGCAAGAAGGGUGCAAAGGCCAAGCCUGUUGAGGCAGCUGAGGUCGUUGUGGAGGAGGUUGCCGCGUCUGCCCCGGAGAAGAAGACCAGGAAGCGCAAGUCGGAUGUCACGGUCGAGACUACUACCGUCACCGAGGAGACCGUCCCAGAAGUAACGCCCAGGAGCAAGCGAACCAAGAAGGAGAAGGUCGUCGUCGAGCCCAUCGUCGAGGAGGUCGAGGAGAAGAAGACCGCUGCCAAGCCGAAGAAGGCCAAGAAGGCGAAGGCUUAA